AUGCACACCGUCCGCCUUUUUAUCACGGCCCUCACGACCUUGGUUGUUGUGCCGACCAGUGUCGUUGCCAAUCCACCGAUGAACUGGGGGAAUGCAUAUGGCCAUCGCGGAAACACUGCCAGUUACAAUUCGGGCCAGGCUGCUACGUCCCAUGAGCCUACUCAAGAGUAUGACCUUGAGCCGACCUACCUCAGUCACUUCACGGGGGAGCCCGAAGUUCAACGCCUGAAGAAGGAUUGUGAGGUCUGGCUACUCAAAGAUAAUCAAGUCCAAGAGACAAGAUAUGCCAACUACAAAGAAAGUGUCAAAUUUCUUGCCAUACCGCCCGGACCAAGAUUAUCCGUCCGAUUGGAAUGGGAGCAGGGCGGCGAUAAUCCAUGCCGCGGGAACGUGUGGCGAGGCGAGAUACCUCGUGGUUACUACGUCUCUAUAGUCAAGCCGCAAAUGAGCCCCAUAUCAUCCCCUUACGCCUUCAAGUUGCACCCCGAACCCGAUGCGACAAGGUGUCACGUCGUGUUCGCAAGCGCCAAUGGCGCGAAUACCGCAGAAGCAAAGAACAUAGACUUUGGCAAGAAGACUACUUUUAUCCGGAAUUACUUUACCAUCAUCGCGGAGCCCGAUUACGUCGGUCCAUAUAGACGCAGGACAUGCAAGGCAAGAGUGGUAGAGGGUGAUAUUCCUGGCGGUAUGGUCGUCCGUGUGGGUGACGCCGGGUCGUACGGCUUUCACCAAACUUUGUUCCCGAGAGGGGUUUCAAAGCCGUGA